AUCCGACCACGACCAUACGUUUGGACGAAGCUGUCCGUCGCUACGCCUGCCUCUAGGGACUCCACAGCUCGCCUUGCCGCUGUGACUUUAUUUGGGUCAGAUCCUUGGCUGGAGUACCCAUGCAACACGUCUCAUCUUGUCGCUCGACUCUUGCACGAGAGUAGCCUGUGCUGAACAGCAUACCAGUGCCUGGCAUCCAGCUGCUUUACUCCAGCCUUCAUCCACAUCAUCUGCUUGCACAUCACAUCCAUUUUCACCUCCACAGCCCCGCAAGCCGGCAUCAUGUCCAGCUCCGAGAUCAACUCGCACAUUCACAAAGUCGCGCAUCCGCUCUUAUCCACACAUCUAGCCAAUCUAAGACUGGCCACCACCUCGCCCAAACAGUUUAGGGAAUUGGUCAGGAACAUCACUACGGUGCUUGUUGUGGAAGCUACGAAGGAUUUGGGCGUUCAUGAAGUCCAGGGCGAAGGACCUUUGGCCAAAUUUGAAGGGGAAGAGAUUUCUGGGCGCAUCGGCUUGGUUCCGAUCCUGAGAGCCGGCCUGGGCAUGGUUGACGCUGCGCUGGCUCUGUUGCCCGAAAACACAUCAGUCCAGCACAUUGGUCUCUUCAGGGAGAAGCUGAGCUUGCAGCCAGUCGAGUAUUACUCCAAGCUUCCCGAAACGCCAAAUGUGGACGAAGUGCUCAUCUUGGAUCCGCUCGUAGCGACGGGUGGGACAGCGAUAGUCUGCGUCAAAAUGAUCACGGAUUGGGGUAUUCCUAUUUCCAAAAUCAGGUUCCUCUGCGUGCUUGGGUCCGCACAAGGUCUGAACAGCCUCGCCUCCGCUUGUCCUGGCCUGAACAUUUGGGUGGGAGCCAUUGACCAGACGCUGAACGAGAAGGGGCUCAUCAUACCUGGUCUGGGCGACACGGGCGAUAGGCUGCAUGCGACUCAAUAAGUAGAGACGGUGUAUAGCCGUGAAGCCCAUCAUCGCUAUGGCUGCAAACAUGAGCCGGCAUCCUCUCUAUCAGCUGGCGAGCCAUCCCUCGAGGUGCGACCGCACCAAGCCACCUUUUCAAUGCAGCAUUUGCGUACCUCGAAGGACUCCCAGCCAUCUUCAAUCAACAUGCUGCAAGGUGAAAUCGAAGGCCAAGCGCGUGCGCUCAACAAAAUUGGCGUUUCAUCGCAGCAAUAACAGAGCAUAGCACGACGCCAAAGACCCUCGAUGAAAUGCAUGAAUUUGCAUGCG